AUGGCUCGUUCACCAGAAGAAUUUAAUGAGUUGCAUGCACAUAUUCUUAGAUCCGUAAAGCACUACACAACCAUGCAAAGUAAGGGAGACGUUUCUCCGGUAGCAAAUUAUCUAAUCAGAUUAGAGGGUCAAGACGUUACAGAUUUUAGUUCCCAGUAUGGAAGUGAGUCUAGCAUUUCCUACGUAGCCAGUAACCUGGCUGGAAAACCUUGCGUUUUUCCGUCGUACGGUGACUAUACUCAAACGUGUGUGUUUAGAACUUAUGGACCUUGGUGGAAGAAAGCUCCAUCUGGCACCAAGAGAUAUAAUGGGACACCAUCAGAAUUUGUGAGUGAAGACUUCAUAGAAAUCUCCUUUAGUGAAUCACUUUAUCCUGUGAGGCUUGAAGUCUAUGAAACAUACAACCCUGGUGCCAUUGUUAGAAUCUUAGCAUGUGAUCGGGCAGGAGGAACUGAUACUGACAGUGGACAAACUUUAUGGGUCACUUUGUGGAAGUACAAACCCAAGCCCUGUCCACAAGAGCCUAGAAUAUUUGCACCUCACUUAAAGAGGAUACAGUUCACAACAAACCUCAUUCGGCUAGAGCUAAAUCACCAUUUUUUGGAUUACUAUACUGAACUGGAUGGCAUCAAAUUAAUAGGAACCAAGAUGCCCCCAGAGAGUUGCACAGACACCUACCAACCAGCCAUGUCUAAUGAUGCAGAUAUUGAUAAUGACAUUGAAAAUUUAGAAGACUUACUGACGGAUCAUAACACUGAGGAUACAUGUCUGGCAGAUAGAUUGACACCUUUAAAUAUUAAAUCAUCAGAGAGUUGUCUUUUUACCAUUUUACCGAAGGAAAUUAUUCAUCUCAUCUUGUCAUACCUAGAUAUUAAGGAUUUGUGUCGGCUGGCCCAAACUUGUAGAAAUUUAAAGAUGCACUGUUAUGACCCUUACUUAUACCAAGAUCUGAAUCUUCAGCCAUUUUGGACACAGAUAUCAAGUUCUAGGUUAUUACUGAUAGCAAACAAAUGUCAAAGACUUCAGCGUUUAAAUUUAUCCUGGGUGGGUAAAGGAGGUCACAUGAAUGAGAAUCAUUUUAAAAUGUUUCUGAAAGAGUGCUGUCUAGAACUGCAAACCUUAGAAUUAAGCUGCUGUAAUUUUGUUGGUAGCAAUGUCCUUGAUGAUGUGAUAAGUAUAUGUAGCAAUCUCAUAGAGUUAAACCUACACAGUUGUACUCAUAUAGAAGAUUUCUCUUCAUUCAAAAAGUGGCCUUUACCUAAGCUGAAAAGGCUAAACUUGUACAGAACUAAGAUUGAUUAUACCUCUUUGUCUUCUGUUAUCAGAGCUAGCUGUGAUUUAGAACAUUUAAACCUUGGGUCUUGCCAGCUUUUAAAUUCCAGUAUCAACCUUGUUUUAAUGGAUCUUGGCACUUACAGCAAAAAAUUAAAAAGUUUAGAUCUGUGGCGAAUGAAGUCUUUAACUGAAGAUGCUUUGUCUCACAUAUAUCUAAGCUGUCACUUGUUGGAAGAACUGGACAUUGGCUGGUGUGUUGAUAUCAAGUCUGAGAGAGAUUGUUAUAUAAACCUGGCUAAAAACUGUAAAUACUUGAAGAAAAUAUUUUUGACAGCAAACAGAACUGUGCGAGAUAUUGACUUGCGUAUGAUUGCUUUGCAUUGUCCACUCUUAGAGCAGUUGGAUAUAUUGGGGACUAGAGAAGUGACAAGAGAAGCCAUUGUUUUUGUCCUUGAAUCCUGUAGAAAUUUGAUUUUACUGGAUGUUUCAUUUUGCUUGGGAAUUUCCUCUUCCGACGUCUGCUCCUGGAGAGCUGCCUUUCCAUUGGUCACCAUAAAAAAGAGUUUUCAGAAUGUAUCUGUAACAUAGUUCGAAAUUUCUGCACAAGCCACAAUAUUGCCACGCAGAGUAUUGGGCAUUUUAUUUGAUUACAGAAUAAAAAUUGCAGUGAGUGUUACACAUUUGAUUGUUAGUCUUCAAACAGUAGGACAUUACUGUAAUUAAAUUAUUUUCAAUUGUAGAUUUAUGUGUGUAUGUGUAAGCAUGAGAAUGCUGGAAAUCUUGCAAAAUUAGAUUUUGUAAUAAUUAUAACAAUGACAAAUAUUUUUUGAAAUGCUUUAGAAAAAUUUGUGAUAAACAUUAUUUAUCAAUUAAGAAUAUUAAUUAAAAACUAAAGAAUCUUUUCUUUAGAAUUUUUAAUUUGUUAACUUUGCAUUAUUGUAAAUUUAAGAAUUUCUGUUAGUCAAAAUGUUUUUUUUUAGUUUCGAAAAUUCAAUAAGAUGAAAAUGAGUACAGAUAGAAUAUUAUUUAGUUCCUUAAAUUUAAACUCUUUGUUUUCAUAUUUCUUAAAAAUCCCAUAUUUAAACACAUUUUAAAACUUAGUUAUAAUUUAUUAUAAUUAGUUAAAAUUAGACAAUCAUAUGUAAUACAUUAAAAGAUUUAUUACAAAAAGCUUUUGUUCAUAAAGUACUUGAUGUUCAAGGUUUAAGCUUAUAUGAGUACAUUUGUCCUACAGGCAUGCUAACAUAUGAAGCAGGUUAUUCUACACUACCUUUUUCUGUGAUCAGCAUUUGCCAAUUAGUUAAACACUUGUUUUACCCUCAUUGUCCUAAAUACCACAACAGCACUCUUCAGCAUACUUAGCUUAAGUUGGUCCCUAUUUAUCCUUGGUAUCUCAACCUAACUGAUGAUUCACAUUUUGUAAGAAAUUGUUUAAUCCAAAAAUUUGCUUUUUUUUAUUAUAGUUUUCCCUACAAAAAAAAAGUCUUUAUGGUGCUAUGUACUUGUGUACUAAUUUAAACUGUUAUUCAGCCCUUUACCAUAUUACCUCAUCAUUGAUAUAAAAAAAAUAAGUUUCCCUUUCAGAACUUAUGAUCUAUAGGGCAGACGAUGUAAAGGUCAUCUAUUUCUGUGUCUGACGGUUAACAUUGGUGUCAUGUGGCCAGCAACAAUGCAAACUCUUUUACUUUUCCCUGACAUCAACUGAAUAUUAACUAUAUUCAGUUUAACCUUGCCAUUGAUUUGUGAUAAAUUAAGAUAUUUUCAAAUGUGUAUGUAAAAAUUAAUUUCAAAUUUAAAACAAACUGUAUAUAAAGAUAGAAUUAUGAUAAUUAUGUUAUAUCCCAAUUACCGCAUGUUACUUUUAUAAUGAUUUUUAUAUUAUUACUUUUACAAUGUAUAACUUACAUUUUUUAAAUUUGUUAAGUUAAAAAAAUGUUGAUGGCUAAAAGGACUUUGUAUGAAAAGUAUAAACUUAUUUGAAGCUUAUUGAUUAAAAUACUUUUCUGUGUUAACCCAAGGUACUGAAGACUAUUGUAUUAACUAAGCUUAUUCCUCAAUUGAAAGGAUUUAAUGAUUUUAAUUAUACAUCAGCUGUAGCUAUAAAUAAAUCAGAUUUAAUGUAUU